GUUGUUGAUAUUCAUCCACUUUAUUUGUGCACAAUGUGUUAUUAAAAUCCUUCAGAUGAUCUGAUUAAAACUGCUGGAUCUCAGAGGAUUAUUAUAAUCAAUAAUGUGAAAUGAAUAACACUUCAUCUAUAUAAUCAUAGAGAUAACUGUAAAUGAAUAUGAAUCUUCUGUCAGCUCUAGUAUUUCUCUGUUAAUUCACAUGUUGUAUUACAGUUUAAUGAUGUUAUUGUAGUUCCCUAUCGAGGGAACUCGCGAUGCAUCAAUCGCUUUGGGAACGCCCCCGGCAUGAAUUCCGUCUGAAGCAUCUAUGUCAACUAAUCCAAUGGAAAGAAUGAACGUCACGGUGGGUGAUGUCAUCACCAGGAAGGGAUAAAAGCACAUCCGGUGCAACCCGGCAUUAGCUUCUGUUGCCUCAGCAAGCGAUCUGUGUUAUACUGUCUCUGUCUAUUUAUUGUUGUCUGUUGCAAGAUUGUUGGAAAGAGUUAUGGGGACACACACGAUCUUUGUGUCAUUUGUUUGGGAAUGGAGUAUGCGGUCUCAGCCUUCGAGGGGCCUUCAUGCAGCCUUCAUGCUCCGCUCUCGCCUGUCCCUCGUUGACGAGAGCGGGCAGGCUCGCGAUCCUCAGGGUGCAGGACCUGUGCUUGCCGAGGCAACGUGGAGAAUGCAUUCCUGGGGAUCACAAAAGGAUCUUUCGGAGGGGUUGGAGUUGGGUCCGAGGGCCUUUUCUCCUUCCUUACCUGGAGGAUCCAAAAAUUUAAAAUGCGUAGAUAUAGCAUUAGCCCUCAGGCUUCAGGGCAUAAGUAUUCUGAACUACAUUGAUGACUGGCUAAUUCUAGUGGAAUCAGAACAGUUGGCGGUUCGGCACCGAGGUGUCGUUCUCGCUCAUAUGCAGAUGUUGGGGUUGAGGCUCAAUACCAAGAAGAGUGUUCUUUCUCCAGUACAGAGAACCACUUUCCUUUGUGUGGUAUGGGAUUCCGUUACGAUGCGGGCCACUCUAUGGCCUGUUCGUGUAGCUGCUAUCCUUACAGCCAUAAAAGAGCUGAAGCUAGGCCAGUCACGCACUGUGAAACAGUUAGAGAGACUGUUGGGUCUUUUGGCAGCAGCGUCCAAUGAGAUACCUUUUGGCCUGUUGUACAUGAGACCUGUACAGUGGUGGCUCAGGACCAGAGGGUUCUCCCCGAGGGGAAACCCACUUCGUAUAAUCAAGAUCACGCGACGGUGUCUCCACGCCUUGGUUAUAUGGAGGAAACACUGGUUCUUAACCCAGGGUCCGGUGUUGGGAGCUCUGUACCAUCGAGUUACUAUCUCAACAGAUGCCUCCCUCACCGGCUGGGGAGCGGUAAUGGAAGGCCACUCGGUUCAGGGUCUGUGGAGGAGUCAUCAACUCUCCUGCCACAUAAAUUGCCUGUAGAUGAUGGCUGUCUUCAAUGCGUUGAAGCAAUUCCUCCCAGACCUGAGGGGCCAUCAUGUGCUGGUCCGUACAGACAACACGUCGGUGGUCUCUUAUCUGAACCGCCAGGGGGGUCUGCGCUCGUGUCCGCUUUGCAAAUUGGCGCACCAGAUCCUCCUAUGGUCUCUGGGGAAGGUUCUCUCCCUGAGCAACAUGACAUCAUGACUUUUGCGUAAACAUACACGCCACUUUCGAGUCAAGUGGCGUGUUAUCUCUACGCAUU